AUGUGGACGGCCCUGGUGCUCGCCUGCAUUUCCUCCCUGUCCUUCUCCGAGAGCCGGGUGGCACUCCGGGGUCCAGUGCCCGUGGUCUUCAACCAGACGCAGGCUGACUUGGUCACAAAAAACACAUCCAGGGAAACGACUGGCAGCAUCUUGAACAAAACCUCAGAGGCCAUGACGGCGCCCUCUCCUGUCACGGCGGCCAGAGAGACUUUGGGAGCCAACCACAGCUCCCCUGCAGCCACAACAGGGAGCACUCCCGGCACCUCAGCAGCUGCCGCGGGUCCCGCCAACCUCACGGACUCCAGGGUGCCCACGCCGACGUCCACACGGCCGCCCCCGGCGUCCACGGCCGCUCCCAGCACGCCCCACACCCAGGCACCCAGCAACGGUACGUUGCCAACCGCAGCACCUCGGACCACGCUGGCCACCAGCACGCAGACUGCUGCCGCCACGGCAAGUGCAGGAGGCGCCCGGGGCUCACAGAGUCCCGCUGAGCACACCCCCCACCACUCCACAGCCGGCCCCGUGCUCCCCACCACCAGCCCCAUGCUCCCCACCGCCGGCCCCACGCUCCCCACAGCCAGCCCCGUGCUCCCCACAGCCGGCCCCACACUCCCCACUGCCAGCCCCACACUCCCCACUGCCAGCCCCGUGCUCCCCACCACCGGCCCCACACUCCCCACCGCCAGCCCCAUGCUCCCCACCGCCAGCCCGGAGCUCCCCACCAGUCCCCACUCGCUCCCCACGAGUUCCCACUCACUUAACACAUCCACACAAGGUCCCACCACCCAGCCGUCGACUGCCCAACCCGUGGCAGACACAACAAGUAGCCCCACCCCGCCCCUGGAGAACACAACCCCAGAGCCCACCCCCUCCGUGGCUUCCGUGUCCACCACCGCGGUGACCGCUGAGGGGCCAGCUGCCAGCACGGUGCCAGCUCCUGUGCCACCUGGGGUGGAGGCCACGUCCCCCACAACACUGCCAAGCACUGUUUCAUCCACAUGGGGGGCCACGGGGGCCGCCACACCCUCCACACCGGAGCAGGUGCGGCCUGAGGCCACAGGGGGCACUGCUUCCACCGGGCCCACCCCCGGGAGCUCAGGGGACCCUAAGGUGCCAACCACGGACUCGUGCCAGCUCAGCACCCAGGGCCAGUACGUGGCGGUCACCACCAGGGUCCUGCCCCUGUCCCCGGUGAACAGAGGGGCGCUGCUGGCCAUGCUCCUGCUGGGGGUGGCCCUGCUCUUCGCGGUCGUGGUCCAGUUUGCGCUGCAGGCCUACGAGAACUACAAGAAGAAGGACUACACGCAGGUGGACUACCUGAUCAACGGGAUGUACGCGGACUCCGAAAUGUGA